AUUUCUUGAGUUACAGCUUUAAUUCAUUAAUCCUACUGCCAUUGUAAAUGAUGCUUUACAGACCUGAUCUUGUAAAUCGGGACUUAAGGAUCUGUAGUUUACGGAAUUUUUCUAACCUUUUCAUGCACACAAGCGAGGUAUUUAGAUUCUGAGCUAUGGGUCGUAAAGCAAAAUUUGAUGGAACACAAGUUCCUACUGGACGUGGAAAAAAAGUCAAAAAGCAAAGCGAUCCAACUUUUCCACAAGGAGUCUUAGUUAAAGACAUAAGUAAAUUAAGUCGUCGACAAAAACAAAGAUUACAAAAAAAAUUACUAAAGCAGCAGCAACCACAAAAAAAUACGAAAAUAAAAAAUAUACUCAAGAAGGAGGAAAAUUCCAAAGAGAAACAGAUACAAUUAAAAAAUGAAGAAAAUAUAUCAAAAAAGCUAAAAAAGAAGAAUGAAAAAAAAUUUAAAUCAGCUAUUAAUAACAAUUAUCAGAAUGAAGAUGAUGAAGAAGAAGCUGAUGACAAUAUUACAGAUGUUCACAUGGAACAAGAUGAAGAGGAUAUGGAUGAUGAUAGUGAUCAAAUGCAUUUGGCAGCAAAAUUAAAAAAAUCAAAACAGAAGUUUUUGAAUAAUACAAAAGGUGAUAGUGAAGAAAAUACGAAAAUAUUACUCAAGAAAAAAGAAAAUUCCAAAAAACAGAUACAAUUAAAAAGUGAAAAAAAUAUAUCAAAGAAGCUAAAAAAGAAGAAAGAAAAGAAAUUUAAAUCAGCUAUUAAUAACAAUUAUCAGAAUGAAGAUGAUGAAGAGGAAGAUGAUGACAAUAUUACAGAUGUUCAAAUGGAACAAGAUGAAGAGGAUAUGGAUGAUGAUGACCAAUUGCAUUUCGCAGCAAAAUUUAAAAAAUCAAAACAAAAAUUUUUGAAUAAUGCAGAGAGUGAUAGUGAAGAAAUGACAUUCAGCGAGGAAGAAUUUAUUGAUGAUGAGCAAAUAGAGUGUAAUGAAGAGACAGAUAAUAAAAGUGAUGAUGAUGAUCUACUUCCAAUAGAAAAAAUUAAUAAAAAAUUGAAAAAGAAAAAACAAGAAGAAGAAAAGUAUGCACAAGAAGAAAUGGACAAUAUGAUUGCUCAUCAAAGUGUAUUCUCUUUUCCAACUGAAGAAGAACUUGCUAAUGUCACUAACUUAAAAGAUAUUCAGCAACGAAUACGAGACGUUAUUAUAGUAUUAUCAGAUUUUAAGAGAUUACGGGAGAAAAAUAGGUCGCGUUCUGAAUAUACUGAAUUACUUCGGCGAGAUUUAUGUACAUAUUACAGUUAUAACAAUUUCUUAAUGGAAAAAUUGAUGCAAAUAUUCCCAUUGGAUGAAUUACUUGAAUUUCUAGAAGCAAGUGAAGUAGAAAGACCUAUGACCAUCCGUACAAAUACUUUGAAAACGCGACGACGGGAUUUAGCAGAGGCUUUAAUCAGUAGGGGCGUUAAUCUCGAUCCGAUAGGAAAAUGGACGAAAGUUGGAUUGGUAGUAUAUUCCUCGCAAGUACCCAUGGGCGCAACACCAGAAUAUCUAGCAGGACAUUACAUUAUACAAGGUGCUGCUAGCUUCUUACCUGUUAUGGUAUUAGAGCCAAGAGAAAAUGAAAGAAUUCUCGACAUGUGUGCUGCACCGGGCGGUAAAACUUCGCAUAUUGCCGCACUUAUGAAGAACACUGGAAUAUUAUUUGCUAACGAUGUAAACAAAGAUCGAUUAAAAGCUGUUGUUGGUAAUCUUCACAGAAUUGGAGUUGUAAAUUCUAUAAUCUGUAAUUAUGAUGGAAGACAAUUUCCUACGAUUAUGAAAGGUUUUGACAGAGUCUUGUUGGAUGCUCCAUGCACAGGCACAGGAGUAAUUGCAAAGGAUCUCAGUGUGAAGACUAAUAAAGAGGAAGUAGAUAUUCAACGUUGUUGCACAUUACAAAGGGAAUUGUUGCUGGCUGCUAUAGAUUGCGUUAAUGCUCGUUCGGAAACUGGUGGUAUUAUUGUUUAUUCAACUUGCUCAAUUCUACCCGAAGAGAAUGAAUGGAUUAUUGAUUAUGCUCUUAAGAAGCGUAAUGUUAAGCUAUUGCCGACUGGUUUAGAAUUUGGAGCUGAUGGUUUCACGAGCUACAGACAACACCGAUUUCAUCCUUCAUUGAAAUUGACCAAAAGAUAUUAUCCACAUGUGCACAACAUGUAUGGUUUCUUUGUAGCAAAAUUGAAAAAAUUUUCUAAUGUUAUUCCUAAUCAAUAAAAUACAAAUGGAAAA